AUAUUAUUAUCUUGGAUAAAACGUUAGCGUCGAUAUCCCUUCCUGUAUGGUGGACACUCAUUGUGAUUUACAUUGAUUUGUAAAUUUCUCAAUUUAUCAAAAUUUUCUAUUUUCCCUCAAAUAAUAGCAACAUUUUCGAUUAUUUAACCGUUCGUUGACGUGCCGCGUGUGUUUACUAGAGGUUAGCACUUGUCAAUACAAUCAAUUUCAUAGUAUCUCCAUUUUUAUAUUGUUUACUUUAGUUACUUAAGAUUGUCUUUAAAUUCAAAAAUGUCUGGUAUUGCAUUAACUCGCUUAACAGAAGAACGUAAAGGAUGGAGAAAGGAUCAUCCAUUUGGAUUUGUUGCUAAACCAGCCAAAAAUCCUGAUGGUAGUAUGAAUCUUAUGAUAUGGGAAUGUUAUAUUCCAGGAAGGAAAAAUACUGCAUGGGAAGGUGGAAUGUAUUUUCUACGUAUGAUUUUUAAAGAUGAUUAUCCAUCUAGUCCUCCUAAGUGUAAAUUUGAACCACCAUUAUUUCAUCCUAAUGUUUACCCCUCAGGAACAGUUUGUCUAUCAUUAUUGGACGAAGAAAAAGAUUGGCGCCCAGCUAUAACUAUCAAACAAAUUUUGCUUGGUAUUCAAGAUCUUCUAAAUGAACCAAAUAUUAAAGAUCCUGCCCAAGCUGAAGCAUAUACAAUAUAUUGUCAAAAUCGUGUUGAAUAUGAUAAACGUGUCAGAGCUCAAGCUAAAGCAAUGUCAAGACCAGAAUAGUAAUUAGUUAUUUGAUGAUUUGAAUGUUUUCCCUUUUUAAUGAGUAAUUAUACAUUUAAUUUUAUUAUCAUUUUGGUAAGAAGUUUCCCAUUACAUUGUAUAAUUUUCAGGAAGAAACAUUCAUUUAGGUAUUACUCUUACUUUUGUAUGAAAACUUGUACUUUUUUUAUAAUUAUUAUAGAAAUACAUAUUUAUAAUUGGUAA